AUGCUGGAGGGGUUCGGGUUCCCGCGGGGCAUCCUGCCGGAGGGCGUGACGGGGUACACGUACCGGCCGUCGGACGGCGCGUUCGAGGUGUUCAUGGGCGGGGACUGCGAGUUCGACGUCGACGGCGGGUACCGGCUCACGUACCGGCGGAGGAUCUACGGCAACGUGGAGGGCGGCAGCAUCCGGAACCUCGGCGGCGUCUCGGUGCGGAUGUUCCUCCUCAACUGGGGCAUCGACCGCGUCGUCAUGGAGGACGCCGGCCACCUCAUGUUCUACGUCGGCCCGCUCUCGCAGGCCUUCCCCACCGACAACUUCGAGGAGUCGCCGCAGUGCCGGGGCCGCCGCUGCGCCGGCGACGCCGCCGCCUUGGGCGUGGCGGCGGUGUAG